GUUGUUCAACUUGUCGUUAAAUUAAACGAGUCGUUAAAUUUUACUAAUCACUGCGUUAAAUUUAAUCAGUCCAUUAUCAUGUUGUUCAACUUGUCGUUAAAUUUAACGAGUCGUUUAAAAUUGUCAAAGUGUCGUUAUAUUUAAUCGACCUCAUUGAGGUUGAUUAAAUUUUAAUCAGUUGAUUAACCUCAAUCUAAGAUGGCUGUCAAUGUAUUGUUUCAACCACCUGUUGUAAGGAGAGAGCGACAUUUUCGUGGCUUUGACCCUCUUGAAAGGGAAUUUUCUGAUGAGGAGCUAAGGCAGAGGUAUAGAUUUGGCAGAGAGACCAUUGAGUACUUGUCUGAUUUAAUGAAAGGGGAUCUGGAGCGUGGGACAAAUAAGGAGACAGCCCUUUCAGUGGAACAAUAGGUUAUGAUUGCCUUGAGGUUUUAUGGCAGUGGAUCUCACUUGCAAGUUGUUGGGGACACAAUGGGAUUUGACAAAUCAACUGUGUCUCGGGUGAUCGACCGUGUGACGGAGUUAUUAGUUGCCAGGAAGGACGAGUUCAUAUCGUGGCCAGAUAACCAGAGGAAGAACGUAAUUAGGGCUGGGUUUUAUGAAAAGGCUGGUUUUCCAAACGUGGUUGGAUGCAUUGAUGGGACCCACAUAAGGAUUACUGGGCCUAGCAUUGAUGAACCAGCAUUUGUUAACAGAAAGGGGUUCCACAGCAUCAACGUACAAGCCAUUUGUGACCAUGAAGGUAGAUUCACCAACAUCAGUGCUAGGUGGCCAGGAUCAGCACAUGAUUUUCAUGUUUUCAGAACCUCAGCCAUAGGACAACAUCUUGAGAAUGGAUAUCAAGGAAUUGGACAAGGUGUAUUGUUAGGAGACAGUGGCUAUCCCUGCAGACAGUUUUUGCUGACACCAUACAGACAACCAGCUGCUGGUAGAGGUCAAGCAAGGUUUAACAGAAGACAUUGCUCAACAAGGUCAACAAUAGAAAGGACAUUUGGAAUAUUGAAGAAGCGCUUUCACAUUCUAGGAUCAGAGGUAAAAUUAAUUCUUUACAAAUAAUCAUAAUAGUACUAAUAUGAAUAUUUGACAUAGUGUUUGCCCUUAUAUUUUAAAAGUUAUGUUGUUUUUUUCUUGUGAGAGCU